GCUGCUGUCGGUACAGAAGAAUAACCACCAUCGGACACAGUUGAUACCUUACCCCGCGACCAUCACUUGUAAUUAACACAACAAAUCAGCCCGGUGACGUAAAACUUUGUGCAGUGAGAAAACAACACGCUAACAUCUAUUCUUCUGUCAGAAAAAUUAAAAUAAAAUGUCCAACUGAUAUACAAAAUAUAAAGCUCAAAUUUAUGAUACUGUUAUGAUAUAUAUGUAAUAACCUCGUUUAAAAAAAUAUAUAUAUAUUAAUUGUUUCAAAUAGCUUUUAUGGUGCUGUGGUUCAUAUUUCAAAAUGUUCUGUGUUAUCGUCUGGUUACCAAGGUAAUCAUAUAACUCCGUUUAACUGUGAUGGUACUGGAAAUAGUUUCAUGGUUGUCUCGUAUUGAUUUAUAUUUCUUACGAUUCCGAAACAAAAACACAAAGCUCGUUGUUAUUCCAAGAAACAAACAAGACAAAAAGUGUGCUUCAAGAACGUAAUAUAAACAUAAACAUAACAAUUAGCUGUGAUUUCCCUUAGCUGUAAUUUCGCAAAUGUGUUGUUUGUCGCCUUAAAAUAGAAAUAUCACAUAUCUUCGUUUAAAAAUCUUCGAAGGUGGAGUUAUACAAACAUCUAUAUUUCGUAAGAAAGAGAUAUAUAUAUACGUAUAAGCAAGAAAGAGCUUAAAAUAAGUGAUAUGAGUCCAAGUUACUUAAUUAUAUAUUUUUCCAAUUGUAAAUAAUGUUAUUAGUAUCCGGGCCAUAAUCCUUUAAACCAUCUCGUUUAUAGCCGAACCCUUCUGAACUCGUUCUUCCAAGCAUAGGAGAAUAAUUGUUAUUUUCUAGUCAUGUUCAAUGUGAGAUUAAACUUCUAGUUUUUUGUAUAAAUCCAGUGUGCAGAGUAGCUAUUAAAUUUACCUAAUAACAAGCGUUUUAAUUUCGAAUUAAAUCGCGAUUUUUUAAAAGCCUGAAUUUCCAGUGUCCUGUGAUUGGUUUGUGGUGUUAGUUUUGUGAAUGGAACUUUAAGUGAUAAAUUGUCAAUAAAAACUGCAAAGUGGAUUUUUAACAGAUAACACAGAAUCUUGUGAUAAUUUCCUGUGACAUUUAAAAACGCGUUUCAGUAUACUGUAUACCAAUUUAUACCACCGCGGUGUGAUACGGCUGUGAGUAAAGCGAGUUAUAAUUUUUACGUAAUCGGCGGAGAUGACGAUGGAAAACAAGGCGGCUGAUAUCGACAGGGUUAUGGACGAAGACGAACAGAUUGUGAUGGAAACGACUCGGAUGAGGCCCUACCUCGACUUAUGGGACAAUGACGACAAGUGUUCUGUGGCCAACUCCCAAGUGCCACUGAAUCCGGGAGACGAUGGGACGUCACACGGCUCCGGUCUUACAGAACAGGAGCCCCCUGAGAGAGGCAACUGGACCGGAAGGUUUGACUUCCUGCUAUCGCUACUGGGAUACAGCGUUGGCCUUGGCAACGUGUGGAGAUUCCCGUAUCUCUGCUACAACAACGGAGGAGGGGCUUUUCUUAUACCAUUCACGAUAAUGCUUGUGAUAGCCGGUCUGCCGCUCAUGUUCAUGGAACUGUCCUUCGGCCAAUACGCGAACCUGGGACCUGUGGCUAUCUACAAGAAAUUCUGCCCGCUGUUUCGAGGUCUCGGCUAUGGAAUGGUGAUCGUGUCUGCCAUUGUGAUGCUAUACUACAACCUGAUCAUCGCCUGGACAUUAUUUUACAUGUUUGCAUCCUUCAACAGCGUCUUACCGUGGCAAAACUGCGAGGAGUGGAGCACAGAACAGUGUUAUUCUUACGAGGAGGCAGAGAGAUGCGCGGCAAGAAAUGAAACGUACUUCCGUCGACAAUGUUACACGGCAACAGAAGCCGCCCUGAAGAACAUCACGCAUCAGGCAGAACAAGAAGUGCGUAGGCCUCCUGCCGAGGAAUAUUUCUUACGACGGGUCCUGGGUCUGUCGGCUGGGAUUGAGGAGACCGGAGAAAUCCGGUUGCCCAUGGCAAUGUGCCUGCUGUUAGCAUGGAUAAUUGUAUUUCUGUGUCUCUGUAAAGGGGUGCAGUCAUCAGGCAAGGUCGUAUACUUCACAGCUCUAUUUCCUUACGUCGUUCUGGUGAUACUGUUCAUACGAGGCGUAAGUCUUCCAGGGGCAUCCACUGGUAUUCUCUUCUACCUCACUCCAGAUUGGCAUCGACUUGCCAAUGCUCAGGUAUGGGGAGAUGCAGCGGUUCAAAUCUUCUUUGCUCUAAGUCCAGCAUGGGGAGGGCUAAUUACCUUAGCUUCCUAUAACAAGUUCACAAACAACUGCUACCAAGACGCCCUGAUCGUUGCCAUAUCCAACAUUUUGACUUCAUUCUUUGCUGGACUUGUGAUCUUCUCUGUGAUUGGUUUCCUCGCACAUGAGCUUCAGGUGGAAGUGAAGAACGUCGUGGACCAAGGCGCAGGUCUUGCUUUUAUUGUAUACCCGGAAGUUGUGGCUCGGCUUCCGGUCUCACCACUGUGGUCCCUUCUCUUCUUUGUGAUGCUGCUCACUCUCGGGCUGGACUCGCAGUUUGCUCUCAUGGAAACGGUGACCACUGCCAUACUCGAUCGUUUCCCUAACCUGCGGGAUUACAAGAUAUGGGUGGUCCUCAUUGUAGCUGUGUUUGGAUACUUUGGAGGACUCAUCUUUACAACAAAUAGUGGAAUGUACUGGCUUCAACUGGUGGAUAAGUACGCAGCUAAUUGGUCAGUUCUGUUGAUAGCAAUUGUUGAAUGCAUCCUCAUUUCAUGGGUCUACGGUGCAAAUCGCUUCCUUAGAGAUAUCCAAGAUAUGAUUGGCCAAAAGUCACGGUUGUGGAUGUUUUUCUGGACAUGGAUGUGGAAAGUCAUUACUCCAGCAGCUCUCUUGUUCAUCCUCUUUUUCAAUUGGGUUGAAUACGCUCCUGUGAAAUACGGGGACUACCAAUAUCCAAUAUGGGCUGAUGCCGUUGGUUGGGCGAUUGGCGUCUUCCCUGUUUGCAUCAUCAUUGGUAUGGGUGUCUAUAAAAAGAAGGCAAUGGCUGCAGUAUGA